AUGUUUCAAGAGAGAAAUGGAGCAAUGCUUCAUCCGACGAAUGGCAAUGAAUAUUUUUUUGAUAGAAACGGACGAGCAUUCCAUUACGUAAUGGAAUUCUAUCGUACGGGAGAAAAUGUGUGGCCCGGUGAAGAUACUUUAGAGCAAAGCUACACAUUCGUCUCACAAAAAGAAUUAAUUAGAGAGCUUGAUUACUUUCAAAUUCCUGUAAAGCUAGAUCGAGUACAUAGUGAAAUAAUUCCUGACUCCAAAACUUUGGCAUCUCGAUUAGAUGAGUUUGUCAUCGCAUUGAUUGACAGCAUUUACGAUAUGAGAUUUGAAUUUCUUAAUAAUGUUACAAUUAAUUUUUAUAAUCGAAAAAAGGUUGUCGAAGGAGAUCCAAGUACAAUGUAUUCACUUUGGCCUUACAUUGAAACUGUACAAAGGCGUUUGAAGCCAUUUGAAACAAGUGGGAGUAGAAUGUUGGAUCUUUUUGGUGAUCAGAUUAUUUCAAAGUUAAAUUCUAUAGAGAAUAUUAAAUGCACGAUGAAAAAAUAUGCCUAUGGUACUGAUUUGGUAUUUAGAUUCGAGCAUGAAAAUUCACUGACAAAACCAAUACUUGGAAAAACUCAAAAAAUCUAUUUUGGUAAAACUUAUCAUGCUAGAUUUUUUCCAAAAAGACAUGCUUUUGAAUAUCCAGUUUUAUUUAUCGGUGUCGAUUUGGAAUUGCUUGAGAAAAAUGGCCGAGGAGGAUUUAUCUUUUAUUAUUGCUACGAUAUUAAUAAUACUUUGAAAGUCAUUGUGCUGGAAGUUAAUAACACUUUCGGUGAAAAGCAUUUAUACAUUUUGGAUCAUGAUAGUGAAGCUGAUGAGAUUGAUAUGAGUUUUACUAUAAAACGCGCAUUUCACGUAUCACCUUUUAAUGAUCGAAAAGGCAUAUAUAAAGCAUUCUGUAAAGAUCCUAAAUCAGGGUAUCUUGAUAUGAGACUAGUAAUGUAUACAGAUCCUUCUCAACCAGAUGAUGUAUCUAUUGAAAAUGUCGCCUAUGAGAACUAUGAGAGUAAGACAACAAUGCAACGAUCUAGGAAAAAACUGAUUGCGACAGCAUCUGGUCAUUCUUAUUCACUAAAUCUACUUAGUUUGAUUUAUGCAAUAAUGACAUAUCCAUUAGAGAUUUUCUUAACUAUGCCACGUAUUCUUAAAGAGGCGUAUAAAUUACAUUAUUAUAAAAAUUUGGGAAUAUAUCAUAGACCUAUUCCAGUAGCGGAAACUGUUGUGAAAUUGGAUCCAAAUUUUAUUGAAUUGUAA